UUUGCAAACAUCAACAAGUUUAAAUAGCCUUCGAUGUAUAACGUAAGCUUCUUUGAUAAGUUUGAGUUAGGAAAGCUUCCAACAAGGGUUCAAUAUAAAUAGAUUAAGUAACUUACUACGUUGAUGCAACAAGACUAACAAAUAUUGCGCAAUUGGGUCAGUCGUGCCACAUUUAUGCAAGAUGUGCACAGCGAGUAAUAAAAUAAAUUUAUUUUAUGUCCAAGAAUAAUUAGGCCUUCAACUAUCGAACCAUUGUUUCAGGAGUCGUUUCAACGGAAUGGGAAAACAAGUAAACUAGAGAAAAUGGGGUGCCGAACUGGGGAAAUAUUUAAAGGGCCCGAACCCUAUAGAGUUGCGCAAAUUAAAUACAUUCCUGGCCUAACUUAACAAACAACUUCAAGGACAGAUAAGCAGUCAACUCAUCUCUACCGCUAGGCCUUUGUGCAGUCUGAGCACCACCCAUAACCUAGACUAUAAAUAACAGGCUGGCAAGCGACGCUGCCUAGACAACCAAAGUAGUUACGACGAGGCGAAAGUUGAGCUACUCAGAAACCGUGCCUGGCACGGAUAUGACAGCCAAUUCGGCGGCCAACUUGGAUGUUGAUGGUUUGGGUUUAGAACUGAAGAAAUUCAGUUGCGCGUGAUUUGUUGAACGCGUCGCUACUUCCGUUUUCUCAGGAUGACGACCAGUGAUGAGAUGGGCUCUUUCUGUCACGACCAUAUCCAACAUCCCUUGAUGUGGUGUGAUGAGAAGAAGCGUCUCGUUGAACGCAAGAAUGCUGAGGAAAGCUUGCGUAUGUGGCGACGUCGCAAAGCUGAAGAAUGUGCUCGGAAGGAGAAGGAUAAACAAGAGUACUAUGAUAUGUUUGUUCAGCAUUGCCCCUGGGGCAAGCCCGGCGGUGGAGCACCCAAUGUGGAGGUACGACGAAAGGACAUUACCGCAGUUGGACUGCACUCGACACCAACUGUUACUGCAGCUCAUCGUAUAAAUUCCUUACAACCUUGCCGCUACAAUGACUAUUUUACCAUGCAGAAAAAGUGUCACAAAAAUCCCAUAGCCGCCUACCAUCAUCAUCGUCACCAUCAUCCUGGUCCACCUCCACCUGGAAUAGCUGGAGGCCGCUUGCCACACACACAUUCUAUACACCAUCUGCAAGAAAGUGGCCCUCGAAGUAGUACUGUCACUAUUUGUGAGAGAGAACAUCCACACAAAGUCGUCAACGUCGCCCAGAAUGCCAAUGGCCACGUGGAUAUUGAACUGCGCUAUAAGCCUUCUCCGACUUGCAAGGGUCAAGUUAUGCUCAAUAAGGUAGUCGACAAUAGCGAGAAUGAGCACUUACAUCUACAGGAGAAAUUAUCCAACCAAAAAAAGAAACUACAAGCGAAGUUGGAAAAGCCGAUGUGUAAGGACCCGUGGGGAAAGGCAGGUCCAGGUGGUAAGCCAUGGCGCAGUCCAAAAGAAGUCGGGAAUACGUUUAUGAAGUCGCUUGGCUGGACGAAUAAGGAAAUGCUGAAGGAGUUAGAUCAGGAUAAUCCAGUGACUCCCGCAGAGAAAAACACAUUUCGCAAAUCGAAAGGAUGCAAGCCUGCCAAGCCACAGCGCUGCUGCGACAUGUGCACUUGCACCUGCGCAUCGGUAGCUUCAUCCAGUCCAAUGAAACCAUCCAGAAAGAUCCUUGUGGCUGCGGGGGCAGAGCGACCCUCCCCUAACUGUAGUCUCGGAUCACCGCCCAAAGAAUGUAAACCUAUUAAGUCGUGUCCUCGACCACCACGUGGCCAUUGUACUGGCAACACUGGGAACUGUACUGCCACUCCAGACGGUGGCACCUUUAAUAACGGACGAGGAGGAGAUGGUGGUGGUGUAGAGUUGGUGCCUUUGUUGGCACGUCGCCGCGGCUUACACCGUCCCAUCAGCCUGUCCAGCACGGAUGUGACAAAGAGGACGCCCUCGCAUGAUAGGUACGCACCACAUAAGCACAAGACAAUGUCAAUGCCCAGCAAAGAGCCGAAUAUCAAGAUCAUUAAAAAAAUUAGUCAAAUGAAGAAGCGGCUUCCUAAGAAUUUGAAUUGCAAGUUCCAAUGCUGCAGUUGCGACUGCGUCACAGCCACCGCUGCGCCGCCCACUUGCUGCCUCAAAAGGCUCACACUGCACAUCCGCUAAUCCCAGUCAAAUCUAUAAUUUAAGUAGUUAAUCAGCUCAUCAGUCAGUCUGUGUGUCUUUGUGAGUGCGCUUGUCUUUUCAGUUUAAUUGAUAUUCAACAUAACUAUAUACAUAUCUAAAUACUACAAUAUAUCAUACGUAUCUACUACGUUUACGUCUUUGCACUUGCAUUUUGUUUUCUUUUUGUUUAUUAUUAGCUCUUACUCUCAUGUAUAUUGAAACUAAUACCGUUGCCUCUAAUAUUCGUAUUAAAUUUUUUAAGUUCUCAAAGUUUCUCAUUUGCUUGCUCUGCGAAAAUUGUACAAUCUGUGAAAUUGAGAUGAACUGCGUAUUUUUGUUUGUGUUUUUAAUGGUUCUCUAUCACUUCUUUUGGCUCAUUCAGCAAUAAAAUAUCCAUUCUAAUACAAGUGAAAGUAUAGCAACCAAAAGAGCAAACUAAAACUACACCAAAUUAAAUAAACAAUUAAUCAGAAAAUAUCCAAUAUGCAAAUCAUAAUACAAAUCUUCUAUGUAUUCCCGCGCAAUAAAACGUUCGCUUUAUCUAAUCCAAUAACAAAAUAAACUCAAUCUCAAUAAAAUUCAACCAAAAAUGAAAUAUAAACGAAUGAACAUCAACAAUCAAAUCGACGUUGCUGGCAUCGCCUACAUCCACAAAUAACAACAGGAUU